CAAAUCACAAAUAAAAUUAAAAAAAUUCUUUCCAUUAUUAUUAUUAUUAUUGGCUUGAUAAACAAAAAACGAGCACAUGGCUUGUGUGCUGUCAUGACAAAUUCACAUUUCAUACACACCUUAUUAUCAUUCAACCGAAUCACCACUCCAUAUUUUCUUAGCUGUUCCUAUUAAAUGUCUCUUUCUAAUCUCUAAAUCCCAAAAAAAAACUUCCCAUAAAGUCAUAUAUAUCUACACAUACAAUAAUUUUGUAUCUACAUAUUGACAGAGAGUUUGUAUUGUGAGGAGAAGAAGGUCACCGAACAGCAUCUCACAUGGCUUCUUCAUAUUGAGAGAGAGAGACCCACAAAUAGAACUAUCACCAUUACAAGAAAAACAUCAAAGAAAACCCCAAAAUAUUUUUUCUUUUUUGAUUCUUUUGUUGUAGUUAUGGAUUUAUUGUCCAGUACUGUUUCAUCGUUAGCAUCAUCUUUCAAAAGUGAAUACAAAGGAGAGGAGGAAGAAGAAGAACUGGAUCAGCUUUUAGAUGAGUAUUGGUUUUUUGAGAAUUUGUUUCAUAGAAAAGAAAAGAAUAUGUUGUCUACAACUGAUUUAUGGAACAGUAUUCAAAACCAUAAUAAGAAUAUAAGAUUUGAUGAUGAUGAGGAGGAGGAGGAGGAGAAAAAGAAGCAGAAUCAAUUUGGUGUUGAUGACAAUGUUUCUUCAACUACUCAUCCCAAUGAUGAAGAUGAUGAUUUACCGAAAGAAAAAGACGGCGGGAAAUUUGUUCGUCAGAGUUCGCUUCGAACGAGCCCAUCGCUCCCGCCAUCAUUAGGAAGAGACAAGGAAAUUCAUCGAAGAUCUUCAAGCAAGUUGUCUAGGCAAUACUCACUUAGCUCUUCCAAAGCUGUUCCACAGGUACACGACUCUGAGUUCCAAUACUAUAAAAGGCAGUCGUCUGAUCCGUUGUACAACAAUUCGAUGCAUAACGUUCAAGAGACAGUUUUUGAGAAUGAUCAAGAGAUGGUGGUUAAUAAGGAGAAGAAAUCUAAGGCGAUUACAAAUUCUUCGACGAAAGAGAUAUCAACCUUUAUUGUUUAUAAUAGUUUGCUUCGAGCUCCAUCGCUUCCACCAUCAGUUGGAAGAUCAAACAAGGUUGUACAAGAGAAAGAAUCUAAUGGAAGAGUGAGCAGAUUGACAAGGCAAGCAUCACUUAGCUCUUCAAAAAGCGUUACACAGGAAUCUGAGAUUCAACAAGACUAUAGACGACAUUCCAACAAUAUUCAAGAAAUAGUUACUGGGAAUCAGAAACAGGGGAUUAAAGAUUCAGCCUCUAUUACCAAUUCUUCAAAGGAGUCAUUAAUAUUUGCUCCUAAUUUGCUUCGAACCCCGUCUUUACCACCCUUAAGGAAGGAGGAGGAAUCUCUUCGCAGAUCAAGCAAGUUAUCUCGGCAAUCAUCGCUUACCUCUUCGGAUGUUAUGCCUCCAAUAAAUAUUCCUAAGAUUGGACCACAGCCGGCGAUGCGAAGCCCGGGAAUACCUCGACACCGGUCAAAAAAAGAAGAUAGCAGCAUACGUAAGGAUGGAACAAGGACUCCCCCACUUUGUGCAACUAAAGAAGUGAUAAGAAGAAGCUUAAGUUACAAAAGGAGUUCUUCAACUAAGAUCGAUCUCGAAGUGGAAGAAGUACAAGGAUUCAAGGACUUAGGAUUUGUAUUUGAUACAGAACAAAUUAACGAAAGUUUGGCUAACAUAAUUCCUGGUUUACAAGAAAAGAAGUCAGUAAAUAUGGAAGCAGACGAAAAUGAAAAGAAAACAACAAGAAGACCUUAUCUAUCCGAAGCAUGGUUAGUACAACCAUCAAAACCUACAGUUCCAGCUUGGGUUGACAAAAGAUCGGCAGGAGACAUGAAAGAACAAUUGAAAUAUUGGGCUAGAUCUGUUGCCUCUAAUGUAAGAAUACAAGAGUGUUAAAACAAAAAAUAAAAAAAAAUUAAUUAAUAUGAUUUUGAUGAUGAAAAUCCAAAACAGGUUUGGGUUUUAGGACUUAGGAGAGACCCAGGAUAUGUAAAAGACCCUGCUGAUUAUACUUUGUAAUCUUUGUUCUGUACAUAUUAAAUUUUGUACCCGGUACAACAUGUUUAUUAAUGUAAGAGUGGUAUUGAAGAUUGAUGAUGCAUAUUGUUUGUGACA